UGGUUUCGGGAACGUAAAUAGUAUUUUGCCAUCGAGUAUGUUAGGGUAGGGUCAGUAGCUAGCUAGCUAGGUAGCUAUACAUAAGGAACUCGGUUGUUUAUAUUCAGUGAAGAAAUGCCCCUUCUUACUGAAAACCACAAAAUCGAACGGACAAGUACAACGGCAGAAUUAUUCGCCAAAUAUCCACAUUUGCAGGAAAAUGCAAGAGCAUUUCGCGUGAAAGCACUUGUGGACGUCGACCCCAAGCGCCUCCUCUAUGUGCAACAGAGGGAAUUUGCAGCCACUACCCCAGCUGAUAACUCUGUUACUGUUAUUGGAUCUGACGAUGCAACAACUUGCCACUUGGUAUUAGUACGACACACAGGAAGUGGAGCAGCUUGUUUGGCACACUGUGAUGGCUCUAGCACACAGAGUGAAGUUGCUCUCAUUGUGAAAGCAGUCACCACUCUGAGCAGUAAUGCCAAAGAGGGCAGGCUAGAGCUGCACCUUGUCGGUGGCUUUGAUGAUGAGGCCAAGACAUCUCAUAAUCUGAGCCUUAGUAUUUUGGCGGCCUUCCAGAAACAGACAGAAGACAUUCACUUGGUAACAUGCUGUAUUACAGGUUGGAUGCCUUUGUUCCAAUUAAAUUUUAAGAGUAUUUAUUUUCUCAAGGCCUGUAUUCUGAAUGGUUUCUCUUCUGCCCUCACAGAAUUGAAUGACAUUUUAACAGAUGGGAUUCACAGGCCAGUUGUAUAUGGAAUAGGAGUGGAUGUUAAAAGCGGAGAGGUGUUUCCAGCCUCUUUCCCAUGCAGAGGGCCUGCCGAGCAGCUGCGCUCAGCACGGACCUUCACAGGGGGCUCGAUGGUUGACCUCUAUGAUUCAAGUAAACAGCAAGUGAAAAUUGGCCCGUGCAAAUGGUCACCCAAUAAGGAUAUUAAAUUCUGGCUGACACAGGAUGACAAAACAAUAUUGAAGUAUUUGUCAACGUCUCCUCUGGCUGAGCCACCUCACUUCGUGCAGCACAUCAAGACCACUAUCCAGUUUCUUCUGGACCACCCCAACCCCGACAGCCUCUUCCCAAAGGGGCAGCCCCAGCUGUACCACAGGACGGAGCCAGGAGAUUGGGAGAGGGUGCUUUAGCAGUGGAGCCUUUCUCUGGGGGAGUGUGGAACACUGCUUACAUCCCCCGACACCUGGAGUCACUGUGACUGUCUUACUUGAACUGAGGGGAAAUCCCAAGUCAUAAAGAAUGUUUAUUUUUUCCUCAUUAUUUUAUUUUUAUCUUUUGCUUUGAUUUCCUGAGUUUGAUUGAAAGUGGUGUGAACAUUUGUCAGCUGUUAGAAAGCCUCUAGCCGAUGCCUCAGUUGACUGCAUAUUACCAUAAACAUUAUGGGACAAGCUCCUUGGAGAUUAGUUUUUUAAUUUUUAAUUUUUUCCCAUUUCUUUCCUUGAGUUAACAGAAGUCUGGACUGUUACAUGUUGCUUUACAUUCUUCAGACCCCCAGUGUUCUUAUUUAUUCAACUGUAUGUGUCUUUUCAGUAAAAACAAAGCAAUUAUGAAGAUUA